AUGAAAGCUCCUGCAUUUAAACCAAUAUAUGAUGUCAUAAGGAUCAAGAAAAGGGAAGAAUUAAACCUAGACAUAGACACCAAAUUGUAUAAAGACUUUUUAGAUGCCAAGAAAAAGAACCAAGUCGAACUUAAUAACACAAAUGUAAAAAUACAUAUUUAUGAAUAUGUACAAUGUAAAGGGAAAAAUCAAAUGAACAGCGACUCAGAUAGUAGCUAUGGUAGUGUUUCCACAAUUGGAGAACACAGACCCUUCAAGGAAAAAAAAAGAGAAACGGAUGAACCUAGUAAAACAAAUAAACAGGAGCCAAAGGAUGAACAGCAUGUUAGAAGUAAGAAGGGAAAAGGUGAAAAAUAUGAAAGCCAUGAAAAAGGUGAAAAAUAUGGAAACGAUGAAAAAGGUGAAAAGUAUGAAAGCGAUGAAAAAGGUGGAAAAUAUGGAAACGAUGAAAAAGGUGAAAAGUAUGAAAGCGAUGAAAAAGGUGAAGAAUAUGGAAACGAUAAAAUAAAAAUACAAGGAAAAGAAAGGAACCAUCGAGUAAAGAAACAAAACGCAGGAAUAGCAACCAAAGACAAUGUAACAAACUGGACUCAGAAAAAUGAUCCAAGUAGGGAAGAAGUUAUCUUUCAGGAAGAAUCAGCAAAGGAAGGAGAUUCACGAGUAUGCGAAAAAGGAGAUGUGAAAAACGCCAAUUCAAAAUCGACAAACGAAAGUCAACGGUAUGAUAUGGUCAAAGAAACCAAGUCUUUUAAAAUGAUAGGGACAGUUAAAAUAUUAUACAAUUUUUACGUAAAUUUAUUUGAAAAGUUAAAAGAAGACGUGGAAAAUAUACAAAAUAACACUAGUAAUAGUAACGUAAAUUUGUUUAGAGAUGUCAAUUUGUACACUAAUUAUAUAUCCAUGUUUGAUAUUAUUAACCUAUGUGAGGAUUUAAAAAUUAUAAAAACCUUUCUGAAUUCGAAAAAGGAGUGUGAACUCAUCUGGAUCCUUACAGUUAACUAUUUUGAUAGAGUUAAUCUCAACGUUUUUGAGACAUACAAGCAUAAAAUAGAUGUGGUGUACAGGAAGAACUUCCCUGUAAAGGAAAGAAAAGAAGUAAAUAUGAACUCUGUCAAUCUUAGUGCUAAUCUCAAGGAAGCAACAGCUGAUUCACCUAGUUCAACAGACCCACCUAUCUCAGUGAACAUGAUGAACGCUGCAGAAAAUGGAAAUAAACGGUGCAGAGGGAAAGUUAACAAAUGCAAGGAAUAUACACAAGAGGGAGAGAAAAAAAAAAAUGAUACUACCGAAAAAUUAGACAAAGGGGAUUGGAAAAAUGAAACAAAUGGAGUAAUGGAAGAAAGUGAGGAAGGAAGAAAAAUUGGUGGUUUUGGAAAUGUUGAAGAAAUGUACAACAUAAAAGAAUAUAUUUAUGAAAACUUGCACGAAAAGAAAAAUGCAAUUAUGUUUAGAAAGGUGAACUUUUUCGUCUUUGUAUAUGUAUUAAUUUAUAUUAUCAAAACGAGCUCAAGAAAAAUAAAAUCCAUUACAGAUGAUAUAAAAAAAGUGAGAAGUUUUUUCUUUUUCCUAAAUUUAUAUGAAAAGAAAAAAACAAUCGAAACGUUAACAAAUAUAUAUAAAGACAAAUAUUUAACCUUUUAUCAAAAUUUUAAAGGGAGAAAUGAAAUAGAAGAUUAUAGAAAAAGAAAAAUUUUUUGUCACAAAUUUUCAUUUUAUAAUAUUAAUAAAAUUUUAAAUGUAAAAGAUGAUAAUGAUGUUGGUGACUUGGUCAGGCUUAAAAAUAUUUGCAAAAGAGAAAAUAAAAAUUCUACCACUUUGAAGGAAGAUGGAAAAGCACAGGUUUUCGAUCAGUUAGAUAUUGAUAACAAAGAUGAAACAACAGUACAUCCUGUUAACACAUCAAAGGAUAAAGUUAAGCCCAAGGAAGAGGAACAUAAUGAAGAUGCUAUAUGUAACUACCAUGCUACCGAUUUUGUGCAGACGUCUGAAUUGACUAGCGAUUUUAAUGUCAUGAACAAGUUAAGCGAUGAAAAUAAAAAAGAAAAUAGUCUUUUGAACCAAUAUAUAUUUGAUUAUAUAUUUAAAAAUUAUUGUUAUAGAAAGAAAUAUUGGAAAAUAAGAGAAGACACAUGUAUAAAUUUUGGAAUCGUUCAAAAGGAAAAUAAAAAAUAUAAAGUGGAGAUUUAUAAUCAUACAAAAUAUAACAUAAGUGUCGAUGUUCAUAUUGAUCCUGACCUUCCACUAUUAGCUAUUUUUAAGGAUAAACUAUUUUGUAUUAGUUCAAAAUAUACCAUUUAUUUGCAAGUGGACAAGACCAAACAAGGGGAAAAAUUCGGAUUUGUCAAUGUCAUUUUCAGAUAUAAAAAUGUCAGUAAGGCAGAUGACAUUAUAAAAAUUCCCGUCUAUCUUUUUGUUUCUCCCUAA